UACCACUGGCUGAGUCAAUCGGUCGUCGUGUCACGUUCGAGAAAAACUCGCGGGAACUUCGAAUUUUCUGUUCUUGUUUUAAAAAGUGACGUUGGAAAUAAAAAUUGAAAUACUAUUUUGGAUUGAUAAUAGUGUGUGUGUGUAUUUUGUGAACUUAUUUGUUUUGUGAAUAUCAAGAAUUUCGAGUUUUUUUUGAUCCGGUAUGAAAGCUAACAAGGAAACAGAAUAACAAUCUUCAAGAUGAAUUUCGUCAAAAAAAUAUCAAUCCUUAUCAUAGGCCUUAUUAUCCUCAUAAGCGUAGAAGGAAUCCAUGCAGAAGAAACUAGAACUGAUCUUAAAAACAAUGAAACAAAGUUAAGACAUAACAAAACAAUUGAAGAUCUGACAGCAGAGAAUGCCACUGCAUCUGAUGAACCAUCAAAAGAAAACGCAACAGAAGUAUGCGUAGGCCAAAAGGAAUUUUGCAACUUAAGUAAAGAGGAAUACGUUUCAAUGUUGAACAACUACAUUUACCCGCACACAUACGAAUGGGUACUGAUAGGUACUCACACAUUAGUGUUCAUAACAGGAUUGGUGGGGAAUGCUUUAGUGUGCGUAGCCGUGUACAGGAAUCAUUCUAUGAGGACGGUGACGAAUUAUUUUAUAGUGAAUCUGGCUGCUGCAGAUUUCAUGGUUAUUCUGUUCUGCUUGCCUGCUACGGUCGUAUGGGAUGUCACUGAAACUUGGUUCCUAGGAGAUGUGCUGUGUAAAAUGCUGCUUUAUUUUCAGUCAGUAUCAGUGACGGUGUCAGUGCUGACGCUGACGUUCAUCUCGGUGGACCGCUGGUACGCCAUCUGCUUCCCGCUCAAGUUCAAGUCCACCACCGGCCGCGCCAAGACCGCCAUACUUAUUAUAUGGACUCUGUCUCUUAUAUUCAAUGCUCCAGAACUCGUGGUACUGACUACAGAAAAGUCAGUGCCUCUAAGAUUCGAGUUGGAGUACCUCGUCCAGUGCGUUGCGACGUGGUCAUCGAAUAGCGACCUUGUGUGGCACAUCAUAAAAGUCAUUUUCAUUUACACACUACCACUUCUGCUGAUGACAGUCGCGUACUAUCAGAUCGUGAAGGUGCUGUGGCGAUCUGAGAAGAUACCUGGUCAUGCAGAGACAAUGAAACUGGCACCCGCUGAACAGACUCAGCUGCGUUCUCGAAGGAAGGCAGCUAAGAUGUUGGUAGCAGUGGUCAUCAUGUUUGCAGUCUGCUACUUUCCUGUGCAUCUACUUUCUGUACUUAGGUACACGUUAGACAUGGAACAAAACGACGUGAUCACCUGUCUCGCUCUCAUCUCCCAUGUGAUGAUCUACGCCAACUCUGCCAUCAAUCCCUUGAUUUACAACUUUAUGAGUGGCAAAUUCCGGCGCGAAUUUCGUCGGGCUUUCUGCUGUUCAACCGCAAGUGAUUUAGAAAAUUUCACCACAUUAAGUCGCAUUACCACAUCGAAGAAACGACCCUGUGACCUUAUGACCUUCGAGACCAAAACCCAAGGUCGAAAUGUAUGCAGCACAACCUUUGUACACAGUAGCUAUAAGGAUAGGUUAUCAUAAUGUGGAACUUGAAUGAACUGAAAGCUGUAAAUUGAAAGUUGAAUUAAGAUUGAAAGUUGAGAGGUGAUUAAUUAGUAUUGGAGGAUGUAAGGUUUUUAGGCGA